GGACAGUGCGAGCCGAGGGCAUCGGCGUGGCAGUGUUGGCGCGCGGGCCCGGGAGCACCAUGGCCGAGCUGCUGCGGAGCCUGCAGGAUUCCCAGCUCGUCGCCCGCUUCCAGCGCCGCUGCGGGCUCUUCCCGGCGCCGGAUGAAGGCCCGCGCGAAAACGGCGCGGGCCCCGCGCAGCGUGCGGCGCGGGGGCUCGCACAGCUCCCUGCAGCCAACUGCAAGGGCGGCCGGGGGCCGGCCAACGGGCUGCGGAGAGUCGCGGCCCCGCAGGCUUAUGUACAGAAGUACAUCGUGAAGAAUUAUUUCUACUAUUACCUAUUCCGAUUUUCCGCCGCUCUGGGUCAAGAAGUCUUCUACAUCACAUUUCUUCCGUUCACUCACUGGAACAUUGAUCCUUAUUUAUCCAGAAGACUGAUCAUCAUAUGGGUUUUGGUGAUGUAUAUUGGCCAGGUGGCCAAGGACAUCUUGAAGUGGCCUCGUCCCCUCUCCCCACCUGUGGUAAAGCUGGAGAAAAGGGUGAUUGAUGAGUACGGAAUGCCGUCCACCCAUGCCAUGGCGGCCACGGUCAUAUCCUUCACCCUCCUCAUCUCUACUAUGGACAGAUACCAGUAUCCCUUUGCUUUGGGACUGCUGAUGGCUGUGGUGUUUUCCACCUUGGUGUGUCUCAGCAGACUGUACACCGGGAUGCACACGGUGCUGGACGUGCUGGGUGGCGUCCUGGUCACUGCGGUCUUCAUCGUCCUCACCUACCCCGCCUGGACCCUUAUCGACCGCCUGGACUCGGCCAGCCCCCUGUUCCCCGUGUGCGCCAUUGUGGUGCCCUUCCUCCUGUGUUACAACUACCCCGCGUCUGACUGCUACAGCCCAACCAGGGCGGACACCACCACCAUUCUGGCCGCAGGGGCGGGGGUGACCCUCGGGUUCUGGGUCAAUCACUUCUUCCAGCUCGCGUCUGCGCCCACCGAGUCUCUCCCUGUCGUUCGGGACAUCCCGCCGCUCACCACCGACAUGUUGGUCUUGGGGCUGACCAAAUUUACCGUGGGCAUCGUGUUGAUCCUUCUAGUGCGCCAGCUAGUGCAAAACCUCUCCCUGCAAGUGCUGUACUCGUGGUUCAAGGUGGUCACCAGGAACAAGGAGGCCAGGCGGAGACUAGAGAUCGAAGUGCCUUACAAGUUCGUCACCUACACAUCCGUGGGCCUCUGUGCUACGACCUUUGUGCCAAUGCUGCACAGGUUUUUGGGGUUGCUCUGA